AUGAAUCCAGUAACGCCCUGGAUCGCGGUUUUGGCCGACCAAUGUCUGUCGUUCUAUCUCGGUCAAAAUGAUCAAGAUGAUAUCCAGGUGGAGGAUUUUGAGGGAUGCCUGAUUUUUAUUAUUCGCAGGCCCACGUUAAACACAGCCGUUGUUGUAUCAUGGGGAGAAGGAGAGGACAGUCAUAGAGCCACAUUCACAGACUCAAAGAACCAGAUCGAUGCGAUUAUUCUACGUGGCUCGCCGGACGCACAGGAAGAAACCUCACCCUGCCCACCAUCGGUCAAAGGGGGCCCUAGACACCUUGUUGAACUUUCCGAUAUUAAGCUCAUAUUUACAUACUCGGCCUCUGCCCCGGAUGUGUACCUUCACGUCAAUCGCUUCACAAUCCACCCGAAUGCAGUUCCGAAGGGGGAUGUACCAAAACCAAAGCUCAAGAAGACACCAACUCUCAGAGCCCUAAUGACUAUGGCAUGCGAGAAAAUAAAAAAAGUCCAAGCGCAGACUGGCUCCAAUAGCCAAUCUGAUGUUGGUUUGACAGAUUUAUUUGUCUCUCAGCGUGAUCAGCCCAUUCCACCUCAUUAUUCUCAACACAACACGGCGUCACAGUCGCUCUUCUCCCAACCCCCGUCUAAUAUGUGCCAUGGCGCACCGAAGAGCAAUUUAACGACCAAUCGUGUUUCCAUCAACGAGUCAUCGGAUCUUCUAGGGUUACUCGCACCUUCUCGUCCGAUUCAAAAGGGCGGUACAGCCACCAGAGAACUUCCAGAGGCCAACGAGCUAUCCCUAGGUGAACGUAAAAGCAGGCGAUCUCCUUUGCCAAAGGGGAGGAAGUCAGUGACACCACAAGAGUUUGAAACAUCUCCAACCAGAACACAGCCCUCAUUCAGAAGUCUUUCUGGCAACACUGCUGAUGCGACGCGUGCUAGUAACUCUGUUACCAAUGUGUCUUUCGCCAAUCUCAGUGAAGAUGUGGAUAACCUAAUAGCAGAGUGUCGAAGUCAGGCCGCGCAAUCUCCAACUGAGCCAGAUGAUCAUGGACGGGCUCAUACUGUUGCAACAGGGGAUAACCAGCAGUUUUCGAAAAAAAGAAACCGUGGCAUCACAGAUGCAUCACCACAUGAAGCUCGGGAUGAUAAACUGGACUUGCAAGGCCUGCAGAACCCACACACAUCACCCUCCAGAAAGCGACAGCGUGUCCAUACCGGAAAAGCGAUGCCGGCAGACACAACUGAAGCCGAGCAAGUGCAAAUUAAGGCCAUGCCGUCACUUUCUAGAGUGCAGAUCGUAAGCACCAAAACAGACAGCGUGUGUCCAUCCACAACUAAUCCAUGGGAAGGAAUGAUACAAAUACCUUUGAGCGAAGUUGAUAUCCCAAAAGAUCAAGCAGAACUUUUGGAAGGACUCAAAUGGAUCCCUCAAGACCCCGGUGUAUCUGCACCUCUAUGCCACGUACCUCCUCAUCUUUUGACGCAAUGGAACAGCAUUGCACGAAGAAGACAACACCUGAAAGAAUAUCCAGAAGAAGAAGAAGAAGGAGAGGAAGAGGAGGAAGAAGAGGAAGAGCAAGUAUCCGACCGUGCAUUUACUCCAACCUCGCAAGAUAUCCAAACAUCCCCUAUACCAUGGUCUCCGUCACCCAAUAGGACUCCUGCUCGAGAUUAUCUUCCACGAGACACCGCUUCUCCCCCAAGAUACACGAGACCUAUCAGAAAAAAUCCCAUGCCAAGCGGUACUCAAUGUAGCGUCGAUCAAUCUGCAGAUCAUGCCGAUAUGGACAUGUUGAAUGGAUCUUGCAGGGGUAUCGUCGCGUCCAAGGACAAUACCAAGACAGCAGGGCGACAAUAUUCCCAAUUUCCCGAGAAAGUAACGACAGAACAGAUAAAUCCAGUGUCUUUGGACCAUGAUCCCGGCGAUAGCCCACCCCAAGAACACAACACUCCAACAUCGCUCGAUGUGAUCGAUGAUCAACCCCUAAGCGUAAUAAUACAAGAAGAUUUUCAUGAGGAAAAACCUACCCGAAAACCCACACUUACAUCUGAACUGCGUGAUGAAUCAAGUGGUGAUGAGAGUGAUGAGCCGGAAAUGGAAACAUAUGUUCCUUUCGCCCUAGGGGGAAGCCUUCCAUUAAGCAGCCAACCUGAGCAUGACUUUACUAGCUCGGGGCUAUCGCUUCCAAGAUUUGCAGGGAGCACUAUCCAAGUGGUGGAGACACCUGCAGUCCACGCGACACGUCUGAAUUCUGGGAACCAAAACAAACAGAGAGUUGGAUUAGAACCCCAGAGCUCUCAACAUCCAUCCUCACAGGCUGCUAAGACAUCAUCCUCAUCUCGGAUUCUCAAUACCUACCGCUCGCAAGAUAGCCACGGGCGUAGUAUUCCAUCUCAAGAGGCACCGAAUCCAUCUUUACCGAUUUCGGAAGGCGAGUCACUGCGAGUGGAUGUGCUAGGCACUCAGACUCAAACGAGCAGCGUACAUGCACCAUCACAGGCGACUGUCCAGUCGUCUUCGGACGUUGUACUUGAUUCUUCCAGACCUGCUCAGCGCCAGCGUGGCUCCUCCAUCUUCGAUUUAAACACCUUGGAUGACCCAUCGUCUUUCCCUUAUGCCAGGUGCCACUCGUUACCCUUGUCUCAACUUCAUGAACCAAGCCAAGAUUCUUUCGGAGAACACUUCUCUCUUGAUGGAGCCCCGAAAUUGCCAGACUUGUCACCCAUGGAAUUCACCACCUGGGUCGCUGCCAACGGGGAAUCACCAUCCAGGUAUCCACACUCUCUGCGCCGCGGGAGUGCUGAUCCUAGUCGAAAGGUAUUCCCCAGUCCAAAUGCCGAGCUGGUAGCACGGCGGCGGGGCUUUAUUGGCAAGUCUGACAAGUAUGCUGAAGCACAGACAAUCUAUGAAAAAUUCUGCAAUGAUUAUUCACUAUAUUCUGGUGAUUUCGCUCACUUCAUUGAGAUGUGCUCAAAACUGCAGACAAUGCGGCAAGGGGGCCAGCUGCAACGGUCAUUCCUAUGGGAUGACUUUGUAAUCCAACAUUUGGAGGAGUACCCACGCUAUUUUGCAGAGCGCACAUCUCAGGAUUCAAAGGCACUGGAUUACGAAGAUUUCUUUUGCUCGAAAUUCCCACGACCCCAGCACAAAAAGAGAAGUCUAACGGCCCACGGAGUUGAUAUAGUUGCUUCCCAGUUUGCUCCGCCUACCGUCGAAGGCGCAGUGACUCAGGAUAAAGCGGUGCAAAGCGAAGUGGCCCCCACUUCUUUGACAGCCAGUCUUGUGGGAGAGUCUUCAACCCGCCAUACUCGCUCAUUAGGUGACGUUCCUGUCCCGGAUGUCUACAUGCCAACUGCAACGCAGUCAUUGUCACCCUCUACUGACACCGACUCAGAUUCGGUGAAGGUCAAAGUUGAAGACGAUUCUUCCGAUGGAUCGACUGACUCCCAAAUUCCCACACGCAGCAACGAUCAGCAACCCGUGCUCUUCGGUCUUGAUGAAGAGAUAGUCAAUGCAACCCAAUACGACGCAAAAAACACGCGCAUUGCGUCUGAUCUGAACAACGUCGGCGUAACUGAUACUAGCAUGGACGAAGUUGACGAUACAGAGGAAGGAGAUUCUAUUCACCAUGAGACUGCCAGCAUUGAACUUGGCGAUGAUACUGACGAUCGCCACAUCUCUGCCUUUCUCACCCCGCCUGAGCCGCCCGCGGCCCUGGGUUCUCUUAAUGGUGCCACGAUCGAGCCUCCGAGGCAACAAAAAUCAUGGUUCCGAUCUCUCCGGAACAUAUACCCCACAGGUCCGGUGUGGUCCGAUGACCCCGACACGCCGUUCAAGCGCUGGGCUCGCCACGAUCAAAACGUUCUUCAGGAGCUCAAUCGUCGCGGUGGAGUUAGGGUUCUACUUGAUGAGAAGGGCGUCAUUCGUCGCCCCAUCUACAACCACGGAAACAAUCCUAAUUUUUAG